AGGCCCGUCUAACCCUUUUAAAUUAGAAAAAGCCCUUUUAAAAAUCAAUAAGAAGCCCAUAGCCCUAUAUGCCAAGCCCCUCACCCUUUUAAAAAAAUACACAUCCGCAGGUGGAGAGGCCGACCGAACAAAAUCGCCAAAUCGGAAAACUGCCGGGCCGGUAGAGAGACGCCGCCGCCGCCAGAGUCCAGACGCCGCCGGGAGCCGACCCUCCGGCCUCCAGAGGGACACCCCUUGACCUUUGUGCGGUUUGGCUCUGGAGUUUGGAGUCUAGCCUCCUCCAUUUCGACAUUUCAUCUCCAUUCCAAACACAUCCAGGGGUUAAGGAAAACUCUAUGCUGAAGUGGCUGGCACUCUCUUUUUGAUCGGUAAUAUUAGAAUAAAUGGAAUCCACGGUGAGGAUGAAUUCUCAACCACGGCGAAUCUUGCCACCUGGAGCGUCACGGAAACAGAAAGAGAAGGAAAUGUCAUCUUAUAAUUCCAUGUGGCCAUCAUCAUAUCCAGUUAGUCACAAGGCUACAACGUCGUCUAAGCAAGCUGAGUCCGCAGCAGUCUACUCGAACCGGGUCUUAGCCGGUUACAUGGCUUAUGAGUUCUUAACUAAAGGAACCAUGUUUGGCCAGAUGUUCGACCGGGCUCGAGCCGAGGCUGCCCUGAGGAACAGUGGUGCAGCAGAUGAGGUGAGAAGAGGAAACCCGGCUGCCGAAGCCGAGCCGAACGAGGUGAGGAGCCGAACAUAUGAUGAGGUGGCGAGCCUGUUGAAGAGCGACGAGGCCCACAUCCCCGGUGUGGUAAAUCCCACGCAGCUCGCGCGAUGGCUUCAGAUGUGACAUCAUUGUGCGCCGGUCUUUUGAAAAUCCUUACCAAAACACUAAAUGGUUUGUUACACUUUGUGGUAGGUUUCAUUUGUUGUUAGUAAAAUUUCGGGUAAUAAUCCUUCAUUUCUAUUAGAAGUGUGUCAAAAUAUUUAUGAUACCAAUAUAUUUGGGGCCAUAUAGUUCUCCGUUAGGUCCGGGACCGGACCGAGAGCCCUCUUGCCCAAAAUGUUGUAAUGAUCAUUGAAGUUUUUUUGUCAAAGUAUUUGAAAUUGAAACUAUUUUUUUGUGAUGAAGCCUCUAGUCAAAACUCAAGAAAUAAAUAAAUCUUGUGUAU